AUGGAGGAUCUUUCGCCCAACUCGAAUUUCACCAGCGAUAUUGCCGUGAAGACGGCACCCGAGCAUGUGGAAUCCCUACCAAACAGCCCCAGCGAGACCUUGAGCCCCUCCCACCGGGAACAUCUGCUGGAACGCCUUGGCCGAGUCGACCUAGUUGCCCUGCCGUCGGAGGAUCCCCCUAGACUCAUAUAA